AUGCGAGGACCACGCGCGACAGUCGAGCGGCUCGACCAGCCGAGCGCAUAUUUUAAUAGUAGAGUGAGUGUUCGAGAUCAGACGGCCGCGGGAAGCCACAGUGAAAUGUCAUUCUACACCACUGAAGAGCAGGUAUACGAGCUUUUUUCCAAAUGCGGCGAGAUCAAACGCCUGGUAAUGGGCCUCGACCGAUUUAACAAGACACCCUGCGGCUUUUGCUUUGUCGAGUAUUACACUCACCAGGACGCACUCGACUGCAUGAAGUACAUCGGUGGAACGAAGCUUGAUGAGCGCAUUAUCCGCACAGAUUUGGACCCGGGAUUCACUGAGGGUCGGCAAUACGGCCGUGGAAAGUCGGGAGGGCAGGUGCGUGACGAGUACCGCGAGGACUUCGACGAGGGUCGUGGCGGCCUUGGGCGGGCGAUUCAACCACCGCGGUCGAGAGACCGUGAGACGAGGGACUACGAUGAUGAUCCCUAUGGACGGCUGAAAUAA